AAACGAUUCCAUCGCAUCCAUCGCAACCAUCUCACGACGCUACCGAAGCCUUCCGUACCGACGCGAUCCUUCAACACACCCUUAAACAGUCGCAAAAUACAGCCCACAUACCUACAACACACACCUUCACAAUGGGUUCUAUCGUCAUCCCCCAUCUCAACAGCGGUUGGCACGUCGACCAAGCCAUCCUCUCCGAAGAAGAGCGCCUCGUCGUCAUCCGCUUCGGAAGAGACGCAGACCGCGACUGCAUGAAACAAGACGAAGUCCUCUACCGCAUCUCAGACCGCGUCAAGAACUUUGCCUCCAUCUACGUCUGCGACAUCGACCAGGUGCCCGACUUCAACCAGAUGUACGAACUCUAUGACCCCUGCACAAUCAUGUUCUUCUUCCGGAAUAAACACAUGAUGGUUGAUUUCGGAACGGGUAACAACAACAAGCUCAACUGGGUGCUGGAAGACAAACAAGAACUCAUAGACAUCAUCGAGACGGUCUACCGCGGCGCCAAAAAGGGCCGCGGUCUCGUCGUCAGUCCAAAGGAUUACUCCACCAGACACCGAUACUAGAUACCUACCUACCUACCAACCCCCUUUACGCACCUCGCAUCCGCACUCACAUCCAGCGGCCGUCGGCUUCAUCUUAUGCUUUGGAAGAGAUAUAUCAUCAGACUCGGGAAACGCUCUAGGGUUGGUCUCAC